AUGCCUGGCUUCAACCUGACAUACCCCAAGGACCGCGAGCUGACCGGCGGAGACCUGCUCGCCCAGUCUCUGAAACAACUCGGCGUCGAAGUCGCGUUUGGGCUUCAUGGCGGCCAUCUCGAUGCGUUCCUGAUGGGUUGCACGGAUAUUGGGAUCCGCCUGGUUGAUACCAGACACGAGACUGCCGCCGUGCAGGCUGCGGAAGGUUUCUCGAAUGGCCUUGCCGGCCUUGCAACAGCGUAUGGAGACCGCAGCCCCAUUCUCUGCAUCACAUCGUCGCCUCCUACACGAGACACAGAAAACAACGCGCUCCAAGGGUGCAUUGAUCAGAUUGUCGCAGCCCGGCCAAUCACCAAAUUUGCCCACCGAGUCGUUGUGUCGGAGGAAAUCCCUCGACUGGUGUCUCAUGCGAUGCGAAUGGCACAAUCCAGCCCACCCGGCCCCGUGCUCCUUGAUUUCCCAAUAGACAUCCUGUUUACUCCCGUAUAUCCCAAGCUCAUCUCGUGGGGAUCCAUUGCAUCACCCCCGUCGUACCCUCCAGGUGCGCAUCCCAAGGCCGUGGCAGAAGCGGCGCGGUUGAUCCGCAACGCGAAAAGACCUGCCAUUAUCACCAGCACUGGGGCGAGAGCGGUCCGGGCGCGCGAGUAUAUCUUCCAAGUAGCCGAGACCUGCAACAUUCCUGUCUUCAACACAGCCAAGUUCGCUCCUUCCAGCCCGCAAUCCGCCAUGCUGUCUAGCGGCGGCGCGAAGGUUCUCGCUCUGCUCGAACCGGCCCAGCAGCCUCGGCCAGACUUGAUAAUCCUGCUCGGGGCACGAACCGGGAUGUAUCUCGGCGGGCGAAGCGGUGCCAUCAUCCCGAACGAGAAUUGCCAACUUGUCCAGGUGGACUGUGAUGGAGGCGAAAUCGGUCGAACCCUCCCUGUUGAUCUGGGCAUUGUCGCUGAUACCGGAGUGUUCGCAGCUGCAUUGGCGACAGAGCUGGGGACUCCGAGUACGUACCGAGGCUCAGUGGACCAGCAAUGGGUCCAGUCUGUUCUGGCGCUGAGCUCCGCCGCACCACCCUUUGAGGAGGACCCGAGCGAAACAGAGACGGGGGCCUUGCAUCCGUAUCACGCCUUGAAACACGUCUUCUCCGCCGUGGAGCCGGGGAGUAUCGUCGUGCUCGACGGAGGGGAAGCUAGUGCGUGGGCCAGCGAUCUGGCUCACCUCUCGCGACCGAGUACGGUGAUUACUGCGACGGGGUAUCUCGGCUUUCUGGGCAAUGGCUUUGGGUACACGCUUGGUUGCGCGAUAGCGGCUCCGGAUCGCAAGAUCGUCCAUAUACAAGGCGACGGGUCGGCGGGGUUCCACAUGAUGGAGCUUGAUACGUACAGACGGUUCAACUUGAAUGUGCUGACUAUCGUCGUCAAUAACUCUUGCUGGGGUAUGAGCAUGAAUGGGCAGGACCUUGUUUACGGAGAUGGCAAUGCGGCGCGGCCCGUGAGCGCUUUGAGUCCUGGGACCGAGUACGAUACUGUUGCGCGAGGGCUACAGAAUCACGCGGCAAAAGUCUCCAAGGUAUCAGAGAUUCAACGCACAGUGACAGAUCUCCAACGGAAAACAGGCCCGAGUUGUAUUGACUUGUUGGUGGAUCGGAAGCCGGUGCAUCCUAUGACAACGGCUAUGGUGGGCAUCACAGAUGAUUCUGAGGCUGUCGUUGUGCCAUACUAUGAUAAUAUCCCGCGAGCACAUUACAAGUUUUAA